AUGUAUAAAGAUAUUGAAAAUUAUAUUAAAUCCUGUAUUCUAUGUACUCAAUUUAAUCCUCAUCGUCAAAAAACUCCUGGUACUUUACGACCUAUUAAACCUCCUGAUGGAGUUUGGCAAUUAGUAGCAAUGGAUUUUCAUGGACCUAUUACUCCGACAUCUCAACGUGGAAAUAAAUAUAUUAUAUCUCUUACAGACGUCUUAUCCAAAUUCGCUGUUACAAAAGCUGUACGUGAUAAUACAGCUCAAACAGCUGUUCAAUUUCUCAAAGAAGAUAUUACUUCAAAAUUUGGAACUCCUCGUUGUAUCCUGACUGACAAUGGAACACAUUUUACAUCAACAUUAAUGAAUGAAUUAAUUAAACAAAUUGGAGCAACACAUUUAUAUUCAACAUUACAUCAUUCUCAAACAAACGGUCAAGUUGAAAGAUAUAACUCAACUAUGAAUGCAAAAAUUGCAGCAUUGUCAAAUUUAAACAAAACCAAUUGGGACGAUCAAUUAUCAUUUGUUACAUUUAAUUACAAUGCUUCAAUUCAUUCAUCAACAAAACAAAUACCAUUCUAA